UAUAAAAUCAUCAAGAAUCCUAUGGAUAUGGGAACAAUUAAAAAGCGCUUAGAAAACAAUUACUACUUGAACGCCCAAGAAUGUAUUCAGGACUUCAAUACCAUGUUUACCAACUGUUACAUUUACAAUAAGCAAGGGGAUGAUAUAGUCUUAAUGGCAGAAGCUUUGGAAAAGAUCUUCCUUCAGAAAAUUUCAGAAAUGCCACAAGAAGAGAUUGAAAUACCCAUACAACCCACCAAAGGAUCACGGGGUAGAGGCAGAAAAGAAGCGGUUCAGUCUAAACCCAACAUGUCAACUGUACAGACUGUCACACAGACAACAGUGCCAGCAUUGGCACCAACACAGCCACAGCAGCAACCACCCCAACGGGCACCUCAGGCAUCGCAGCCACCACCACCACAGCCACAACUUCCUUCUGUAUCGGUGCCAGCACCCACACCCCAGUCAUUUCCUCCAGCGACUCCUGAUUUGAUAGUACAGCCACCAACAACGACUGUGUCGCCGCAUACAUCAGCUCCUCCAAUGCCAACCCUCACGCCAACAACAGUAAUGACAACAGCGUCACAGCCUUCAAAGCAUAAAAAGGGAGUCAAAAGGAAAGCUGAUACUACAACACCAACAACCAAUGUUGCUGUGAAGAGUAGAGAGUCUUCGCCAUUGGUGACUGAGCCCAAACCAGCAAAGAUCCCAUCCAGAAGUGGCAGACCUCCAAAACCUGUCAAGAAAGAAAUGCCAGAUUCUCAGCAGCAACACCUAGAAAAGGGUGCCGGUGGUGGGAUUGGUAGUAGUGGUGGUGGAGUUGUUGUUGGCAGUGGAAAAGUUUCCGAACAGUUGAAGUACUGCACUGGCAUUCUAAAAGAAAUGUUCGCCAAGAAGCAUGCAGCCUAUGCCUGGCCCUUCUACAAACCUGUGGAUGUGGAAGCCCUGGGACUGCAUGAUUAUCACGACAUUAUUAAGCACCCCAUGGAUCUCAGUACUAUUAAAUUGCACUUGUAUGGUCAUUGGAGAAGUCUGGGAAAUGUUCUACAGCCACGCAAGGGUCACUCAGCUUACUUCUAUCCAUCCUCUUUUCAAAAAUGGACAACAGACAGUAUGGUGAUGCUCAAGAGUUUGCAGCAGAUGUUCGGUUGAUGUUCUCUAAUUGUUACAAAUAUAAUCCUCCUGACCAUGAGGUGGUGGCCAUGGCAAGAAAACUGCAGGUUGG